GGGGCGCGGUCCGGGCGGAGCCGAGCAGAGGAUCCGGGGCACCGGCGGGACGGACAGCCCGGGAGUGCUCCGGCGGCCGAGAGGAGCGGCUGCUCUGGGGACUGACACACCAUCUGCUCGUACACAGGCACAGCAUGGCGGCCAGCACGGACAAUGGCACCGGUGGGACAGCGGCAGCCACAGAGGAACCGGCACACGCAGUGUCCCUGCUGCGGGGGCUGAGCGCGCUGCGGGCCGAGCAGAGCUUGCUGGACGUGACGGUCGUGGCCGGCGGCCGUGAGUUUGGUGCGCACCGCGCCGUCCUGGCCGCCGCCUCCGGCUACUUCCGCGCCAUGUUCGGUGGGGCGCUGAGGGAGGCGCGGGCUGAGCGAGUGCGGCUGCACGGUGUGGAGCCCGAGUGCCUGGCACGCCUCCUUGACUUUGCCUACACCGGCCGGGUGGGUGGGCUGGGCCCCGACAUUGCCGAGCGCCUGCUUCGUGCCGCCGACCUGCUGCAGUUCCCCGCCGUCAAGGAAGCCUGCGGUGCCUGGCUGGCGCGGCAGCUGGAGCCCGCCAACGCCCUGGACAUGCAGGACUUCGCCGAGGCCUUCGCCUGCCCGGCACUGGCGGCCGCUGCCCACCGCUUCGUCCUGCGGCACGUGGGGGAGCUGGGUGCCCAGCUGGAGCGGCUGCCACUGCCGCGUCUCCUCUCCUACCUGCGGGACGACGGGCUCUGUAUCCCCAAGGAGGAGGCCGCCUUCCAGCUGGCGCUGCGCUGGGUGCGUGCCGACCCCGCCACCCGCGCCCCACUGCUGCCCCAGCUCCUGGCCCACGUCCGCCUGCCCUUCGUGCGCCGUUUCUACCUGCUGGCCCACGUGGAGGGUGAGCCGCUGGUGGCACGCUGCCCACCCUGCCUGCGCCUGCUGCAAGAGGCCCGUGACUUCCAGGCCGCCCGCCUCGACCGCCACGACCGGGGCCCCUGCGCCCGCAUGCGGCCCCGGCCCUCCACCGGCCUGGCUGAGAUCCUGGUCCUUGUCGGCGGCUGCGACCGUGACUGCGACGAGCUCGUCACCGUUGACUGCUACAACCCACGCACCGGGCACUGGCGCUACCUGGCUGAGUUCCCCGAGCACCUUGGUGGGGGCUACAGUGUCGCCGCGCUGGGCAAUGACAUCUAUGUGACAGGGGGAUCGGACGGGUCCAGGCUGUACGACUGUGUCUGGAGGUACAACUCCAGUGUCAACGAGUGGACAGAGGUGUCACCCAUGCUGAAGGCCAGAGAGUACCACAGCUCCACAGUCCUGGAUGGGCUGCUCUAUGUGAUCGCCUCCGACAGCACUGAGCGCUACGACCACACGGUGGACAGCUGGGAGGCCUUGCAGCCCAUGCUCUACCCCAUGGCCAACUGCUCCACCACCUCCUGCCGUGGCAAGCUGUUUGCCAUCGGCUCCCUGGCUGGCAAAGAGUCCAUGGUCAUGCAGUGCUAUGAUCCUGACAGUGACCUCUGGUCUCUCGUCAACUGUGGCCACCUCCCAGCCUGGUCCUUCGCCCCGAAGACUGUCACUCUUAAUGGCCUCAUGUACUUCAUACAAGAUGACUCAGCUGAAGUGGAUGUUUACAAUCCAGCGAAGAAUGAGUGGGAUAAAAUCCCUGCCAUGCUUCAGGUUCAUGUUGGGGGCAGCGUGGCCGUGCUUGGUGGGAAGCUCUAUGUCUCUGGUGGCUAUGACAACACGUUUGAACUCUCAGAUGUCUUGGAAGCCUAUGACCCCGAGACAAGGACAUGGAGCGUGGUGGGCCAGCUCCCUGAGCCCAUCUUCUGGCAUGGCAGUGUCAGUAUAUUCCGUCAGUUCAUGCCAGAGACCACGCAGGAGGAUGAUGGCAUCACACUGGACAACACCAUCAACUUGAACAGGCAGCACCAAAACCUUCACAACCAGAACCUUAACGAGCUUCGUUAGCAAGGAAGGGUGAUGUCCCACUGGCUCGCCGCAAGUUCCGUUACCCAGAACCAGUGUUGCUUUGAGAGGAGGCAGAAGCAAACUGGUGCUUGGAAACAGAAACAUCCUGAUCAUAGAGAGAGUGAAAAUAUGAGAGCACGGCCCUUCCUGCCCUGUUGCCAUGUCCCAGGUUCCUGUUCAUGGUUUCAGUAGGGAUCUCGCCAAGGCAUGCUACAAAGCUUCACCUUUCCCUUUGUCUUAACUUCAGUUCUCUAUUUUGUUUUUUUUUUUUUAAGUUGCAGCAUUUAAACUUUUGCAGGUGUUUGUUUUCCAGCCCUUCCUAGAAAAGUACUUUUUAAGAAGAAACACCCUUAUUUAUUUUUUAUUCAUAUUCUCACAGAGAGAUUGUUUUCAUUUCUGACUAUCCUGGCUGUGCCCUCCUGUAAGGGGAAGGGGAGAGGUGAGGAGCAGCUCCCAGAGCUGGCAGCUGCUGCCCAGGAAUGAGCUUGUUCUCCUUUCCUGAUGCCAUGGAGCCUAUUGAUAGUAGGGCUGAACUAGCCAGGCAAAGCUUCUGCCUGUGGUGAGUGCCAUUUGCUGUCAUUCUCCAAACUCUGUAUUGAACUAUUUUAGAAAAAAAAAAAAAAGAAAAAAAAGAAAAAAAAAAAGUUAUUAGGAAAGGUGAGUGCAGCUUCCUCAGGAGGUUGUUUACAGCCUUGUGAAAUUGCUGGCAGUGUUCAGACACUCUGAUGCAGGAUUGCUUUCAAAUGCACCACUGUGUGUGCAGGAAUCCACCAGACCUUUGGAGGGGUCUUGUGCUUGAUGCACCUCUGGUGUGCAGGAGCUCUCAGGAUUUGGGCAAUUGGAAAAUGCUGCUGAGGUGUUUUGGCAAAGGUGUAGGAGUAGGCAGAGUGUUGCAGAUAGGUAGAAAGGUAGUUGGUUUAGGGAUUUUGUUUUCUUUCUUCUUUUUGUUUGAGGUGUGAUGUUUUUUUGGCCUGUGUAAGAUUUGCCUUUCAACUCGCCCAAGUGACCUAGCUGGCUUGAGCUGCAUUUCCUCUCUGCCUGAGCUGCAGAGCAGCCACAGCUGCAGUGCUGCUCAUCCAAAACCAGCGUCCCACCUUCUGGAAAACCAUGAAGUGUGAGAACGGCUGAAGCGUUGCUGGAUCCGUUCACUUUUUCCAUCUUUGGUUAAAGCCAAUAAGGACAAACAAUGGAAUUUAAACUCAUUUCAGAGAUGGAAAGCAUGUAUACUUGAUUGCAGGCCUCUGGCUUGCCCUUGGACUGAGCAGUGUCAGAGCCUCGUCUCCAUGACAUCAGCAUCUUCACAGCUUUAAGAAAAUCUCUUUUGCCUCGAGUGAUUUUUUCUGCCACUCUCGGCUGCGGAGCUUGGGUAGUGGCUCCUGACAUCUGGGCUGUUCUCCAAGUCUGAAACUUUUGACAGUGCCUUGAAAGCGCCGCGUGCCAGAGGAGGCUGGUGGAGGAGCCACGGCAGCCUCUUGGGUUUGACAAGCUUGGUUUUUCUUGGUUUGACACCAUCCCCAGUGCUGCUGUGGGCUGAGGUGCAGCAGGACCCCCGCGGGUGGAGGAGCCGGGUUGGGGGAUGCAGGGUGAUUCAGGGCAGCUCCUUCAUCUCCGGGAGUUACAGCCCUGCUGUGCCAACCCACGACCCACAGGAGCCUUCCCCACGGCGCCACGCAGUGCCUGGGGAGUGGCUGCUGCUGAACUUGUGUUGCAAAGAAAAGAAUUUAUGCUGAGCUAUAAAUAGUGUGUGUGCUCCGUCUCGUGGCGCGGCGCUCGCUGCUGAGCCUGCCCCUCGCAGACUCCCCCACCCGCUGAGCAGUUAAGGAUCUGUAUUUAUUUUUUGUAAAACUCAUUGUGUCCCAAUUGUUGAGUACAGUUUAAAUACCAUCCUUUGAAACAAAGGCAUUUUACAUUUACAGAUAAUGUAUUUUUAUUCUCAUAGUUUGUUUUUAAAUUUACUUGCAGCAGUCAAGUUAAAUAAAAGAUGUUACAUGAA